GCAAGUUCAAAUAUCGAUCGCGUCGGUGGGUGGUCGAGGCGGAAUUUAUAGGUCACGUUAAAAAUGAGCCUGAAAAACGCGGCAAAAAUGACCCAACGUGAGAAAUUCGAGUUAAUUAACUCGGAAGUGCGUUCAUUCUACGAGUAUUGUAAGGAGGCAGGAAUGUCAGAUGAGGACAUGGAUAUAAUAUGUCGCCCAUUAACAUCGGCAGUGAGGAAAGCAUCCAUUAAGAGAUGGACCCGCACGUUUCUGUUUGUAGUGAUGGUGUUGGCUAUCGGAUACACGGUGAGCCAGACGGACAGUUUCCAGUGGCACGCGGCCGCUCUUGCCCGGAUGCUGCUAAUUCGAUUACUUCCUAUCUGGGACUGGACUCCGCUGUAUUAUAAUAAAUGCCUGAUCCAGAGGUCGCAACCCCACAACUUGGACAACGAUCUGAUUUCUCCCGCAGAUUGUAUAUCAUGUGAAUCCAUUCAGACAAUUGCCCGCGUAUCUGAUUCCAAUUACAACGAGGUGUUCAACCACCACCUUCUGCGCGGCGCGCCCGUCAUUGUGGAGGAUGCGCACUACGACUGGUCUCUGUCAAGAGACCUCAACCUGACCAGCUUCAUCGGCGACGACGACCGCUUGCGAGACUCCGUGCCUUGCCGCGUGCUCACCAACAUCCGCCUCGGCCGCCAACCCAUGGACCUCGAGGAGAUCGUCUCCAGGAUCACCAGCACCAGCAUACCCAGUUGGUUCGUGCACUUCCAGAACUGUGACAUUCGCGCAGUCAAAUCGUUCCGACUUCUCGCGCCCAGACCUUACUUCCUCUCCCCCCAUAUCCCUCCUUCUCACUUCAACUGGCUACUCCUUUCCAAGAAUUAUGACACUCAUAGAUAUAAGUUUCUGGAACUGGAUGUUGGUCUAAUCAUAAUGUCGCAGCUGAAAGGCAAGAACUUUAUACAACUAAAGCCGCGGGCGCCGUGCGAAGACAUCUGUUACACUUUGAAUUUGGAACUCAUAGAGGGGGAAACCCUAGUUCUAGCCAACUCCCUCUGGGAGGUCGAGUACCGGCCCAGUAAGGGGGAAAAUGUUGCCAUGCUCACGGAGACCGACUGGCUGGAAUCAUAAUACAUCAUUUAUGUA